UCAAAAAUGUUAGCAUGAGGGAAGGGCAAAAGGAAAGAGUAAAUAUUGGCAGCUGAGAAUAUACUUGUUUACAUCAAUGAAUCUCGGAACUGUGAUCUGUCUGUCUGUCCUAGUUGUCCCCCUGCUAGUUCUCAAGCAUAUCACUGCCUAUUUUAGUACUGUAGUUGUGUUAACUUAAAAAUGGCUCAGUACAAGGGAGCAGCCAGCGAAGCUGGCCGAGCCAUGCAGAUUAUGAAAAAGAGAGAACGGGAACAAGAAGAAAUGGAGCAGAAGAAAAGAAAGCUUGAAGAAUCCCUGAAAAUCAACAAAAUUGAAAACAAGUUUGCAGUUCAUUAUGAUGCUGUUGAGCAGCAGUUAAAGAGUUCAACCAUUGGAUUGGUAACUCUAAAUGAAAUGAAAGCUAAGCAAGAAGAUGUUGUAAAGGAGAGAGAGAAAGAGUUAGCAAGGAAGAAAAAGGAACAAGAGAAACAAAUGAAAAGGGAAAUUGAAGCCAAACAGGCUAAGAAAAAGGAACAGAGAGACAAGAUUGCCAAACUCAGUUUUGGUCAGGAUGAUGAGGAAGAAGAGGAAGAGGAAGAGGAAGAGGAAGAGGAAGCUCCAGUAGAAAGCAAGGAUACUAAUAAGGAUUUUAAGAUGGCCAAAAAUCCAGAUGUAGACACAAGUUUUCUUCCAGAUAGAGCUAGAGAGGAUGCAGAAAACAGACUAAGAGAAGAAUUAAGACAGGAGUGGGUAGCCAAACAAGAGGCAAUGAAAAAUGAAGAAAUUGAAAUUACCUUCAGUUACUGGGAUGGUUCAGGUCACAGGCGAUCUGUCCGUAUGAAGAAGGGUAAUAGUGUUUACCAGUUUCUUCAACGUGGACUUGAAAUCCUUCGAAAAGAGUUUAAUGAAUUGCGUUCUAUCUCUGCUGAUCAUCUUAUGUACAUAAAAGAGGAUCUCAUUAUACCACACCACUAUACUUUUUAUGACUUCAUUGUUAAUAAGGCACGAGGAAAGAGUGGUCCAUUAUUCCAUUUUGAUGUUAGGGAUGAUGUUCGUUUAGUGAGUGAUGCAUCUGUUGAGAAAGAAGAAUCUCAUGCAGGCAAGGUGGUAAUGCGGACUUGGUAUGAGCGUAACAAACACAUAUUUCCUGCCAGUAGAUGGGAACCGUAUGAUCCUCAGAAAAAUUAUGAUAAAUAUACUAUAAAAGAUAAAAAUAAAAAGAAGUGAAAAUUCACUCACAAAGAAAAUCAAUAGUACAAAUUUGUCUCCAUCUCACAAAACUGCCAGGGGAUUAUGGGAAAAUCAUUUAAAUAUACAGUAUACAGUUGAAUUUUGAUACAGUAUAGUAGCAUAUAUGCAUGUUGAUAAUUGUGUCUGUAUUUGAUUGUACAGUCACUGUAUGUCAUUGUUUUAGGUUUUAAAUUUAUCAGAUGAUUGUGAUUUCUUUUGUGGCAGUGUGGAACAAGAUUUCCUAAAAUGAGAAAGUGAUCAGUUAUGGUAGAUGGAUAGUAUAACACUGAUAAGCUUCUAUGUGCUUCAAGUUAUGGUCCACUGUUAUGUGAGAGAGGUUGUGUGGGGGUUACUUGGAUUCAAGAAAUAUCUCAGGGUAGUCACUGGUUUUCUGCUAAUUUUUUUAUACAUUAAUUUAUGAACUAUAAUAUGUACUUUUAUUUUGAAAAUAAAACCAAUCUGGAAUUACAACUGCCAUCUGUUGCAAGUUGUAGUAGUAGUAGUAUUACUAGUACAUAACAGUUUUUAUUUUUUUUUACUGCUGUAAGAUUGUUGUUAAACAUACUUAAAAUAAUGUUUGCCUCUCUUGAAACAUUGCUUUCAAUUAUACUGUGUUCAGUUACACUGAAUAAAACCAGCGUAUAUUA